AUGGGGCAAGAGAAGAAACAAAUGUUGAAUUGCUACAUACUCAUGGUAGAAGCAAACAUUUUUGUUAGUGGUUCAGAGAAGCCUCCAAUUAAGUUGUGGGGUAGUGCCCCUACCAAGUUUGUAAAGGCACGGUUGCCGCCUUCAAAGGGACUUGAGGAGAUAAAGGAGCUGGUUGCCCCCGUCCGCUGUGGCGACUUCGUCCUCACUUCCAUUCAAGAGAGCCCCGACGUAUCCCCUUCCUGGACCAUCAUCGAUUCCCGCCAUGGCUACGUUCUCCUCAUGAAUCAUGAUGGUGGCUCACUCACCGUGUUCAACCCCCUGCUGUGGUGGAGCAAAACUUUUGGUCUAUGUAAGGAGGAAAACAUCCACCAUGUCAAGCAUACCCGCGCUCAAUGUAUCUACUCCGAUGAGGAACCCAUGUCGUUCCGUGUGGUUCUUCUUUGUCAUGACAGCACAAGGGUGCGAGCUACAGUGUUCUCCUCCAAGACCAUGGAGUGGUCCAUUCUUCCAUGGAUGGAGGUCCCGGAGAGGCGUGCCAAUGGACCUAAGUGGUUGGUUUUAAUUUCUGGAAGCAUGCAAGCGAAUAGAUUCAUGUAUUGGGUUUGCACAAAUAAUGGAAUUCCCGUCCAAGACCCACCGUUUAUGAUUGCUGUAGACAAGACAACAAUGGAGAUCUCUUUUGCCGAGGUCCCUCUGUGUCUCGACGAUGAGCAUUGCAGCUUUCAUAUAGGUGAAAUGAAGGAUACCUCGCCUUGUAUUGUUUAUGCCAGUGAUGACUUGAAUAUUGGUGUCUUGCUGCGCGCAACAGAAGGUGGUUGUGCUCAGAGUUGGUAUCUGCAAAAGGUAUCUAAUAUGUACACACAUCUUACAAAGCUCCUUGGUGAUAACCCACUAAUCGAGGUGGAUGUUGCGGCGGUCAUGGAUGGCUUUGCUUACUUGGCCGUAGAUAUGGGUAAUGGAACUCCGAAUUCUCGUUUGAUCCUCUCCCUUUGCUUAGAAACAAUGGAGCUGGAUAAGCUAUGUCAGGUGGCGUUUCACGGUGGUGUUUACCCCUACAUCAUGGCAUGGCCUCCUGUUUUAGUAGGUAACUAUGGAGCGUUUGAGCUGGGCGAUGCUCAGUGA